AUGAGAUGUGAUGAACAAAAACACUUGAAACACAGCACAACACACUUCUUGCAAGUCGUGUCCGUUCACAUAAUGGAGUCCAUAAUGGAAAGCCCCACCACUGAGUCGCCCCCACCGCCGCCCACUCCCACCCCCACCGGUAGCGGUAUAUUCCGUUCAAUCACUCCAACGCCCGAAGGAAGACGAUUCUCUAUGAGACCCAAUAUAACACUAGUGGCCUCACAAAAGAACCCUGGGCUAAAUACCAAUAUUCAGACACCGCCGCCAACAACUGACCGUCGUAUGAAAUUGACCAGGGGUAAAAGUAUAAAACUGGAUUAUAUGGAUGAUUGUGCAUCACUGGAUGAUGAAUUAUGGGAAACAUCUUAA